AUGACAGCUUGCUGGUCAGUCAAUGAUCCGCUUGGCUCUCUUCCUGCACCUGUCGGCAAGAUCCUGGUGGAUGUGAGUAACAACAGGAGGGUGAACCAGUAUCCAGAGUCUAACGCUGAGUAUCUGGCUUCACUGCUGCCAGACUCUAUCACGGUCAAAGGCUUCAACGUCAUCUCAGCCUGGGCCAUGCAGCAGAGAUGCCCAAAAGACGCUAGCACACAGGUGUACAUCUGCAGUGACUCGGUGGAGGCUAGACAGCAGAUCAUGGAAUUAGCCCGCAAGCUCAACUUCUUGCCGGUGGACAUGGGCACCCUGUCCUCUUCGCGGGAUAUUGAGAACAUUCCCAUACGGUUAUUUCCUGGCUGGAAGGGCCCCGUCCUUGCUGCUGUGGCCCUCUCCAUCUUCUUUUUUGCUUACUCUUUUGUACGAGAUAUCAUCCACCCAUAUGUGAAAUAUAAGCAGAGUGACUUCUACAAGAUCCCCAUAGAGAUGGUGAACCGGACACUUCCCACUGUUGCCAUCACUCUCCUGGCCCUGGUGUACCUGGCAGGCCAGCUGGCAGCCGCCCACCAGCUCUACUUUGGUACCAAGUACAGGCAUUUCCCACACUGGCUGGAGGGCUGGCUGCAGAGCCGCAAACAGCUGGGCCUCCUCAGCUUCUUCCUGGCUGCUGUUCAUGUCCUCUACAGCCUCUGUCUACCCAUGAGGAGGUCUGAGAGGUACCUGCUGCUCAACACUGUCUACCAGCAGGUCCAUGCUAAUGUGGAGAAUGCGUGGAAUGAGGAGGAAGUGUGGAGGGUGGAGAUGUAUGUUUCCUUUGGGAUCAUGAGUCUUGGGCUCCUGUCGCUCCUGGCCAUUACCUCCAUUCCCUCGGUCCACAGCACGCUCAACUGGAGGGAGUUCAGCUUCAUACAGUCCACUCUGGGCUACAUCGCUCUGCUCAUCGCUACCCUGCACGGCCUGCUGUUUGGCUGGAAGAGAGCCUUCGAGGAGGAAGCCUACCGUUUCUACCUACCCCCCAGCUUUGUGGUGGCCCUGGCCUUGCCCGUGUGUGUCAUCCUGGGGAAGGUGCUGAUGCUUCUCCCUUGUGUGGCCCGCAAGCUGCACCAGAUCCGCCGGGGCGUGGACAGCAGUCACUACCGAUGCCAGCGCCUGGAGCCAGUGGGCUCGGCUGCCCACGUUUCACCAGAAAGAGUCACCAUCAUGUGAUCGCUGCCGCACAGAGCUGUCACACACUGCCAUUAGCUGUUCUAUUGAAGCAAAUGAACACUAUUUAUUUUCAUUUUUCUCAGUAAAAUGGCAAAUUACCCGUACUUUGUUACUGUGAGCAGUUUUUGCUAACGUGUGAAUUGGGUACUUAUAAGCAAUUACCAUACUGACCUUGUUUGCCUAUUAUGUUUCAGUCUGUCCACCUGUUUUGAAAAUGGCACACAGAGAGCGGAAUCGGAAAACUUCCGCAGAUCCAGGCUAUUAUUUUACCAAUACUUUGUUCCCGUCUUUGUGCUCUGGCAGACAAUAUGCUAAUACAUAUUCUAUGGCUUUGAAGAAGCUUUGUUAAGUCCAGGAAAAUAACCCUGAUGAUGUCUUGUUGAUGCCAAGGAUGAUGGAGACUUUAGAGACAGAGCGCAUUAGAGUCUCCCAACAGGGUCAAGUUUUUAA